GGUCGGCCGAGGUCUAGUUGUCAAUUGGCAUUCGGGCCGCGCAUUUGCGCGCGCUAUGGUAUCAAGGAUGAAGGGCUUCGCGGCAUUAUCUGUAGUCAUUGCGGUGCUGAUGGGAGCACUGUACGUCUACGAAAACCUCAUCUACUUGAGAGUGCUGCAUAGCCUUUCACCAAACCUCGCCGCAGUGGCUGCCUUGCAGACUGAGAAUGCCUUUUACUACUCCUACUUCCAGGAGUUGGUGGACUCAGAGAGCCUUCUGGAAGGCUUCCAGCGCAUCAUCUGGGACCGCAGGACGGAGUACCCGGAGGUGCUCAAUGCCAUCCGCAGGUUCAACAUCUACCAGGAGAUCCUGCUGGCUGUGGAGUACCGCCUGCUGGGCCUUUUGGGCCUUGGCUUUGCUUUGCCGCACCCCUUUGACUUCUUCAGGCUGCACAUCGUGGUGCUGAAUGGAGUUGGUCAAGGCUUCCUUUGCCUACUGGCCUCGGAAAUCUCUGGCAACCCCUUCGCAGGCCUGUUGUGCUUCCUAGUGUCCUUCUUGAACCGGUUCCAGACCUCGCGGCUGGGCAACUACACCAGCUCUGACCUGCGGGAGCUCUGGGGCAUCCCCCUGCUUUGGGUUCAGAGCUACUUGGUGUGGCGAGUGCUGCUGGCAUCCCACCAGCCGUCUCAAAGAAGACGUUGGCUGUUGCUGGGCCUCAUGCUGGUUACUAUAGCCUUCAUCGUCUCCUGGCAGUUCAGCCCCUUCCUUCUGCUUCUGCAGGCGACGGCGCUAUACUCCAUCAACAUUGUAGCGGGUUUUGAUAGUCUUCGGCCUGUGUUGGUGGAAAUUCUGAACGUGUACGUUGUAUCCAUGGCGGUGGCAGUGGUGCUGCACUUUGGCAGCCCCUACCUCCUUACCUCCCCCUUCUUCUUCCAGCUGGUGGCUUUGAAGGUGUCCACUUCUCUAUGCUUCUGCCACCGGCCUGCUCUGUACACCUGGCGCUCCUGGUUCUUGCGCCGUGCCAGCCAUGUGGCAGAGGGUCUGGUGGCGGUGGUUAGCUUUCUGCUGGUGCGCCAGGUGUUGGCGCCCUUUGCCACUGCGGACACCCACGUCUAUGAGAUCCUUUGCACCAAGGUCUCGGCAGUGAACGACAUGCUUCCGGCCCAGUUUCAGCUGCCACAGAACAAGCUGCCCGCCUGUGCAGAGCCGAGCUUCAACGCCAACCUCUAUCUCAUUAUGGGCGUCUUCAAGCUGCUGGAGUGGUCCUCUUUGCAAGUCUACCUCCAGUCCACCGCCGCGCCUGCCGCUGCGGCCAGCUGCCUGCUGGUGCUGCUCAGGGCGCUGGGGAAUUGGAUGGCGGUGCAGGCAGCGAAGAGGCAAAAGGCCAAGAAGGGGAAGAACGCGAAGGAAGAGAAGUUGGAUUUCAGGGAAGAGGAGUCAGAGGAUGCAGCCCUGCUCUUCUUCGUUGCACAGUUUGUUCUCUUCCUGCUGCUGGGCAGCUUGGUGAACCGCCUGCGUGUGGCCUUUGCGCCGCCCAUGAUGGUCCUCGCGGUGGUUCUAUGGGGCCCAAGGGUCUGGGGGCCCUGGGGCAAAACCAAGGCGGUGAUGCCAAUUCUGCUCCUGGGCUAUGUGUGCCACGGGCUCUGGAUGGCCAGCAUGCUGCCAUGCCUCACAGCGGAAGAGGGCAUUUGCCAGCACCUGGCAGACAAGUUCUCCAACGAUGGCGACUUGGCGGACUUGUACGACUGGAUCAAUGAGGUGGUGAAGCCUGGCACGCCGGUGUUGGCUUCCAUGAACCUGGCGGGGUCCAUGCGGGCAUUCACCCAUGUGCCGAUGAUCAUCCACCCGCAGUUCGAGUCCGAGAACCUGCGGAAGCGCGUGCAGCAGGCUUACGAGCUCUACAACUGUGGCUCCGAGGAGUCCUUCGCCACAACCAUGGAGAACUUGAAGGCGAAGCUGGUGAUCUUCGAGUACUCCCGCUGCUUCUUCACGCCCUACAAGCUGGACGACAAGCGCAAGAACUGCAAUUCCAAGAAGCACCAAACGGAGGACCUCAUGUGCAUGAAGCUUCAUGCCCGGUCGAGAUACUUCAAGCUUAUGUUCAUGAACGGCAACUACGCGGUCUUCCAGCUGCGCAAGCAGCCUCUGGAUGGGCCUCGGCCCAAGGCCCUGGAGGUGCGACGCUGGCUGGAUGACCACUCCAACUGGCAGGACUACGCCCAGCUCUGUGAAAGGACCCAAAAGGAGAAGUGUGGGCCGAGGCUCAUGGAGGCCGCGGCCCAUUUCUUGCAUGGGCUGAAGAAGCCCCAGGCGGCGGCCGAGCUGCGGAGCUGGGCGCUGAAGCUCUUCCCGGAGAACGGCUAUGUGAACUACUACCAGGCUCGCUUCCUGGAUGUGGACGCCAACAGGCCGAAAGAUGCCAAGCCUUACUACGAGAAGGCCUUGCGCUUGCUUCAGAACAACCCGAAGGUUCUCACAGAGGUGAUCCUCUACCAUGACCUGGUGCUCCAGCACCCCAGUUUCUCCUCUGCGCUGGUGCAGCGCCGCGCCAAAAGCUCCAAAGCGGGAGAGCUCUCGCUGCUGCAGCUCAAGGGUCCAGGCGUGGGCACGCUGAUGUGCGAGGCUGCAGUGGCCGCCAAGAGCGGAGGGCAGGCCAAACUGGCGCUGCAGCUGUGGCAGAGGGCACAGGAGCUGGCGCCUUUGGGGAACUGUGUGAGGAACAACUGGCCCAUCAUCAACGAUGAGAGGGCAGAAGACAACUCCUACGCGCGCCAAUAUUCCACCUGGGCCAAAGUUCGGAUGGCGGCAGCGGGUGGAGUUUCCCUGGAAAUCGGGCCGCACCAUUUGGUGAAUGUGCGCUUCCUGGAAGAUGAUGACUUGACGCUUUGGCCACCGAAGAACAAGACGAGCUGGUGAGGGGCGGUUCGACCAGCGCGGUCGAUAUUCGCAGAAACAA